AUGUAUGGAGGUUCUAUGUCUGGUAAAGAUGAUGAGUACGAUUAUCUGUUUAAAGUUGUACUAAUCGGAGAUUCGGGUGUCGGGAAAAGUAACUUACUCUCACGUUUCACAAGAAACGAGUUUAAUUUGGAAAGUAAAAGUACGAUCGGUGUUGAGUUCGCUACAAAGAGCGUGGAAAUUGAUGGAAGGACUAUAAAGGCACAGAUCUGGGAUACUGCUGGUCAGGAACGUUAUCGAGCUAUAACAGCCGCCUAUUACCGUGGUGCUGUUGGUGCGCUGUUGGUUUACGAUAUCACAAAAAGAGAGACUUUCAACAAUUUGGAACACUGGUUACUCGAGUUACGAAACAACGUAGAACUAGAUAUGGUUGUUAUGUUGGUUGGUAAUAAGUGCGACCUUAGGCAUCUUCGAACUGUAUUAACGGAAGAUGCGAAGCUUUGGGCUGAAAGGCAAGGACUUUUCUUCAUGGAAACGUCAGCUUUGGAAUCCACCGGGGUUGAAAGUGCUUUCUAUUACAUUCUUAAAAUUAGGUUGUUCAAGUAUAGAAGUGUAUGUUAAUAACUGGAUUGGACAGCAACACACAACGUAAAUUCAAGCCAGUCCAGAAGUCAUCACCACCACUGAACUAUUCAAGUAAAGUAUCCUGUGCUUUCCACAUGUAAUCCUUACUACUACUACUACUAUUCCGUACAGUUUCCAACCAACCAUAAUAUUC